UAGAUAAAUAGAGAUCCUCCCCUCCGGCAACAGGGAACCCUAGCAGCACCUCCCAAACCGCCGCCGCCGCCGCAUCGAGGGGGGAUGAGGGAGAUCCUGCACAUCCAGGGCGGCCAGUGCGGCAACCAGAUCGGCGCCAAGUUCUGGGAGGUGGUCUGCGCCGAGCACGGCAUCGACGCCACCGGCCGCUACGGCGGCGACUCCGACCUCCAGCUCGAGCGCGUCAAUGUCUACUACAACGAGGCCUCCUGCGGCCGCUUCGUGCCCCGCGCCGUGCUCAUGGACCUCGAGCCGGGCACCAUGGACUCGGUGCGCUCGGGGCCCUACGGGCACAUCUUCCGCCCCGACAACUUCGUCUUCGGCCAGUCGGGGGCGGGCAACAACUGGGCCAAGGGACACUACACCGAGGGCGCAGAGCUCAUCGACGCGGUGCUCGACGUCGUGCGAAAGGAGGCGGAGAACUGCGACUGCCUGCAAGGCUUCCAGGUCUGCCACUCCCUCGGUGGCGGCACCGGCUCCGGCAUGGGCACCCUCCUCAUCUCCAAGAUCCGCGAGGAGUACCCCGACCGGAUGAUGCUCACCUUCUCCGUCUUCCCCUCGCCCAAGGUCUCCGACACCGUCGUCGAGCCAUACAACGCAACGCUCUCCGUGCACCAGCUCGUCGAGAACGCCGACGAGUGCAUGGUGCUCGACAACGAGGCGCUCUACGACAUAUGCUUCCGGACGCUCAAGCUCACGACGCCAAGCUUCGGCGACCUCAACCACCUCAUCUCCGCCACCAUGAGCGGCGUCACCUGCUGCCUCCGCUUCCCCGGCCAGCUCAACUCCGACCUCCGCAAGCUCGCCGUCAACCUCAUCCCGUUCCCGCGCCUCCACUUCUUCAUGGUCGGCUUCGCGCCGCUCACCUCCCGCGGCUCCCAGCAGUACCGCGCCCUGACGGUGCCGGAGCUCACCCAGCAGAUGUGGGACGCCAAGAACAUGAUGUGCGCCGCUGACCCCCGCCACGGCCGCUACCUCACGGCCUCCGCCAUGUUCCGCGGCAAGAUGAGCACCAAGGAGGUGGACGAGCAGAUGCUCAACGUGCAGAACAAGAACUCGUCCUACUUCGUGGAGUGGAUCCCCAACAACGUCAAGUCCACCGUCUGCGACAUCCCGCCCACGGGGCUCAAGAUGGCCUCCACCUUCAUCGGCAACUCCACCUCCAUCCAGGAGAUGUUCCGCCGCGUCAGCGAGCAGUUCACGGCCAUGUUCCGCAGGAAGGCCUUCCUGCACUGGUACACGGGGGAGGGCAUGGACGAGAUGGAGUUCACGGAGGCGGAGAGCAACAUGAACGACCUGGUGUCGGAGUACCAGCAGUACCAGGACGCGACCGCCGACGAGGAGGGCGAGUACGAGGACGACGAGGAAGCGGACCUGCAGGACGACGACUAGUACUUCACUGAUGCAGCUGCUGCUGCAACUGCUACUUGAUGAUGAUGGAUUUCUUACUUGCUGUUUUAUUUUAUUUUAUUUUAUUCCUUGUUGAUCAUCUCCCAAUAUACAGUAAGUUUGUCCGUCGUGGGUGGUUGCUUCUGAAUCUUCUUAGCAAGCAAAGCAGGAGUAUUACUUACUACUACUGUACUAGAAAAAUUAGUGACUAGUGAGCAGUAAGUGGUUGGGUGCUAACUGUCCGUUAUGUCAUCUGUCUGACUAUCAGUUAAUAUGAACCGUCCUAUGUCGAUCGAUUACAUUGCUCA